AUAAAGUGGGCAUUCAUGCAGCCUAUGACUACCACACUACGAGUUGGUAGACGCUGUACCUGCUCACCUGUCUUCAAAACAAAAACCAUCUACCUUAAAUUGCCCCCAAAUGACCAACCUCAGGGAAAACAAAACAUGACAGAUGUUUCUACAACAAUGGCAAUUUCACCGAGGAUCAUCAUCUUCCUCAGCGCUCUCAUCUUUCUCCAGCUUGCAGAGAAUGUGGAGAGUAGAAGAGCAAUUCGGAGCAUAUUUGUUUUUGGGGAUUCUUACGCAGACACGGGAAAUCAUGAUCAUUCGGCCAUUGCAUGGCAGCCCCCAUACGGAAUCACUUUUCCUGGACAGCCCUCUGGACGCCAUUCAGACGGAAGAGUCCUCACUGAUUUCGUGGCGAGCUAUUUCAACAUGAGCACGCCCCUGCCAUACAAUCAGAGGCAGGGGAACCCAAAUCUGGUGCGUUUUGGCAUGAAUUUCGCUUCUGGAGGAACUGGUAUUUUUGAUACAGUGCCCGGAUUGCCCAACGCCACUGCCCAAAUCGAGCAGUUGCAGGACUUGGUGAAGAAUGGAGUGUAUUCCGCUACCAGUUUAGCUUCCUCUCUCGUGCUUUUCUCCAUUUCGGGCAACGAUUAUGGUUUCUACGUGCAACGAACACGAACAGAUGCUGGCCUGCCUGGUUUUGUGGAGACGGUGAUCAAGCAGUUUAGAGUGGAUUUGGAGAGGUUAUAUGGAAUGGGGUUGAGGCAGUUUGCCAUUACAAACAUGGGGCCUUUUGGAUGCCUGCCACUUUACACAGCCAAGAGUAACUACAGCAGUUGCAAUGAUACAGCAAAUGCAGUGGCUGUUUAUCACAACAGUCUCUUGCAGGGAGUGGUGAAGGGCAUGAAAAAGAGCAGAGUAAAUGGAAGCUUUAUUCUUCUUGAUCAUUAUUCCAGUGCACUUUCCAUUAUUCAGCAUCCAAACCAAUAUGGGAAGCUGAGGAAUGCACUAAAGCCAUGUUGCAUGGGUGCAUGUGGAAUGAGAGAUAGUGCAGGCAAAGCUGUGUACAGUGUGUGUGAGCAACGUGGAUCUGCUUUCUUCUGGGAUGUGGUGCAUCCCACUCAAGCUGCUUGGCAGGCCUUGAUGAAACCCUUCACUUCCUCUCUACGCUUCUUUCAUACUUGAAAACCCUAUCUUACAUCAUGUCAGUAAAUUCCCUAGGAAAAGGACUGGUAGGGCAGCUAGGAGGAAUACCAAGUUCAGCAGAGUUUAAAAGUUGUGAGUGCAUUUAGUAUUAUCCAAAUAUGUUAUUAUUGAUUAAUAUAGAAGUACUUUCUACACA